AAGAGAUACUGUGGAUCUGUUACUGAUCCUUUGCGCUUGUGCGGUGAGAAAUAUCGGCACAGAAUAGACCAUAAACUUUAGACUUCUAUUUUUUUGUGGAGCUCUUAUUUUUAUGUAGCUGUAUUUUAUGCUCAAUUUGGAUAGAAUUCAAACUUUUAGACCUGACGCGCUUUCUUCUCAGUAACGCUGUUGUAGGCCUGUACUUUGUUUCUCAGCUCAGCUCGACCAUCUCGACCUCAGUCCACAUUAAAGUGGACUCGGAGCUACUCUACACAUGGAGACUUACAGGAUGACCCAGCGGGUGUUUUAGUAGAAUUAUCUGUCCAGGAGACGAGCUGAUCGGUGUGAUGAAGGAUCGACUGGCCGAACUGACUGCUAGCAGGACACAGGCAGAUGAGGAUGUUGCAGUCACAGUGGACAGAGAUGGCUUCAUGGAGAGCUUUUUCAGGAGGGUGGAAGAAGUUAGAGGACUCAUUGAUAAGAUCUCCUACCAAGUGGAAGACGUGAGGAAGAUGCACAGCAUGAUCCUGUCUGCACCCAACCCUGACGACAGAACAAAGGAUCAACUGGAUGCACUGACCAACGACAUCAAAGGCAAUGCCAACGUGGUGCGAACGAAACUAAAAUCCAUGGAGCAAAGCAUGCCCAAAGAUGAUGCAGUGAACAGAUCCUCUGUGGACUUCAGGAUCCAGAAAACACAGCACACGGUGCUGUCCAGGAAGUUUGUGGAGGUCAUGACCCAGUACAAUGAGACGCAAGUGUCCUUUCGGGAAAGAAGCAAAGGAAGGAUCCAGAGACAGCUGGAGAUAACUGGACGAGUGACAACCAAUGAGGAGCUGGAGGACAUGUUAGAAAGUGGAAAUCCAUCCAUCUUCACAUCUGAUAUCAUUUCUGAUUCCCAGAUCACACGUCAGGCCCUGAAUGAGAUAGAGUCACGACACCAGGACAUCAUGCGCCUGGAGUCCAGCAUCAGAGAGCUCCAUGCCAUGUUCAUGGACAUGGCAAUGCUGGUGGAGACUCAGGGAGACAUGGUUAACAACAUUGAGAAGAACGUCUCCAAUGCAGCCGAAUACAUUUUUCGUGCAAAGGAAGAGACCAAAAAAGCAGUGAGAUACCAGAAGAAAUCCCGGAGGAAAUACAUUAUCCUUGCCUUUGCUCUGUUGAUCCUGCUUGCUGUCAUUGCACUAAUUGUUGGCCUGUCUGUCGGACUAACCAAACCUCCCGUAUGAGACCUACUGUGAUUACUUCUUGAGAAACUUCUCUGCCUUGCCAUGUGUGGGGCUGCAGGUUUGCUCCUUUUACUCAUCAUAAUAGUCGGAGUCUUUGAGUGAUGGAUUUCAUGGUUCACAACCUUACAGCAGUCAGCUGCUCAUAUACUGAUGAGGCAGGGAACAGCUUCAUAAUAAGACUGUCAUUCACUAUCCAACAGCAUUACAGAGAUGAUCUCUUGACCAGAGUGAAGUAAGUAUAAUGUGUAUGACCCAUUUUGCGCCAGUAACAUCAGACCUCAUGAUACACUGUUCUGGAGCAACUCUAUACAGCUAGAAUAAAGCGUCCUGUCUGCACAUAUCCCUUUGCCUUAGUUGUGAUAUAAUGAACACUGACAGCACAUCAGAUUUAUACACUGGUGUACGCUCUGUAUUGCUGCCAUUUUUUCUUAUUGGGUAUCACUUUCAGACAUUUCUUGGUCUAAUGACUUUAAAGAAAUAGUUUGACAUUUUGAGAAAUGAGCUUAUUCGCCUCCUUGCUGAGAGUUAGAUGGAGAAGAUUGAAGCCAUUCUUAUUUCUGUACGGUAAGUAUGAAGCUGCCACCAGCAGACUCAUGGCUUAGCUUUACAUAAAAACUGGAAACAGGAAAACAGCAUUAAGGUUUGUCGGGGGGGGGGAUUAUGUGCCAGACAAUUUCUUGGACAGAUGCAGUGACUUCUUGGAAUCUUGUUGUUAUUGUGAGGUUUGGUGGUACGCCAGGGGAGGCUCCAGGAAGUUACCGGGGCUGGUACGUCCAUACACCCCUCGUAAAACUACAACAUGCCAUUUUUACAUUUCCAUUUAUAUAUGGAAUAAACAAACAAGACAUACUGUGGUAGAGGGUGAGCCCUAGACGUGCUGCUAGGCUAAGUUUGAUAACUUUGGACAGAACCAGACUGUUUCCCUUAGUCUCCUGUCUUUGUACUGAUCUAAGCUGUUGGCUGCAGCUUCAUUUUUCGUGUAUAGACAUGAGAGUGGUAUCAGUGUACUCAUCUUACUUUUGGCAAGAAAGCAAAAAUGUGUUUCUCCCAAAAUGUCUUAACUAUUGCUUAUAUUAACUGUUGUGUAAUCCUUAUGUUCUCUUGUCUCUUUGUAUAUUUACUGUAAUUCAUGUGAACUGAAUGUAAAACUACUACAGCUCAGGAGUUUAGUAGGAAUAAAAAAUGUAAAGACAAACAAAAAAACGAAAAACUAUAUUCCCUGUGAGCAUUUCCAGUUAAUAUUGCUUCAGUCAGAGGAAAUAUUUUCAAAUCAAUUGAAAUUCAUUUAAUAACUUUUACAAAGGUGCCUUCUUAACAUUUAAUAUGAAACCUUAACUUAUUGAAUUGUAUUUAUCGCAAUCACUGUGUGUGAUGACUGAAAUAUUAGUUGUGAAAAAAAGUCAUGCUGUAAAACAGUUGGAGGAUAUUAUUUCAAGAGCACACAUUUUCCUUUUGAUAUACAGAUUUUUUAAAAUGUUUUUAAGUUAUACCUUGUGUUUUGUAUUGAAGCAGAAUAAUUGAGUCAAGUAAUUAAAGAGUAAAAAGUC